AUGGAGGCACUUCAAGAAAUGCCUACAUAUGCAAAGUUCCUAAAAGAUGUGCUCUCCAAGAAGAAGAGGUGGACUGACUAUGAGACGGUGAACAUAUCUGAAAAAUGUAGUGCCAUAAUUCAGAAAAAGCUACCGGCCAAGCUUAAAGAUCCUGACAGUUUCAACAUCUCAUGCAUCAUUGGAAAUAAUAGACAGAAAAAAGGCACUUUAAAGAUGAAGAUCGGCACUCUCAAGCCGACAACAAUCACACUGCAGAUGGCAGAUAGAACCGUCACCUAUCCUAAAGGAAUUGUUGAGGACGUUCUUGUGAUGGUACACGACUUCAUAUUUCCCGUCGAUUUUAUAGUGUUGGAUAUGGAAGAAGAUGUGAAUGUACCGCUUAUCCUGGGGCGUCCAUUCCUUGCAACGGGAAAAACAUUGAUAGAUAUAGCAAAGGGAGAGCUCACUCUUUAUAUGGGCAACAACGCCACAUCUUAUCUAUGUACAAUGCUAUGA